GAUGGUCGCUUUAAUCACGCUCAUAGGAGAAGCACAAAACAUUUAGACUUUAUUGAUAAAUGGGAUAAUGAUAAAUUACCCGAUGACGAAAGAAAGUCUGACAUUAUUUAUUUUGCUGACUUUCUUUCACCAAGUCUAUUAAAAAACACUCGUCGUUUUACAUGUGCUUAUAAACCUUUAAUAUUAGAAAUUGCUGUUCCGCUUAAACACCAGCCGUCAUUUUCGGAAGAAAACGAAAACUUUGAUCUGGUUCCCGAACAACUAAAACCUGGUGCAAACAAUAAAUGGAAAGACCUCGCAUUGGAUUUCUUUUAA